AUGAUUCCGACUACUGCACGUCUCUCCAACAUAAUAUUUAUUACAGACGUAUGAGAUUUUCUGACCAGGUUUUGCGCGGAGCGCGUAGUGUUCGAUAUGGUGCAGAAUUUAAUCCAGUUGAGAAGAUAUUGUCUUAAAUCUAAGCCGUUUUCUUUUGUGACCACGCCAAUUUUUUACGUUAAUGCUGCUCCUCACAUCGGUCACCUAUACUCGGCAGUAAUCACAGACGCUAUCCAUCGAUUUACCAAUCUCGUAAAUGGUUCCACAAUACAACGUAAUGCUAUUUUCAGUACCGGUACCGACGAGCAUGGAACGAAGAUACAGCAAGCUGCCUUGAAGCAUUCAAUUCCGGUGAAGAGCUACUGCCAUCAGAUUUCCGACCAAUAUCGAGAAUUAUUCCGCAACUUUAACAUCGAUUAUACUCGAUUCAUUCGGACUACUGACACCGAUCAUGCGGAGGCGGUGCGUAGUUUUUGGAAUGCACUGCAAGUAAGCGGAAGCAUUUAUUCAGCACAAUACUCCGGGUGGUAUUGUGUACCGGAUGAAACAUUUCUGACGGAUAGUCAAUUGAAAGAAAACGAUCAAGGAGUAAAAGUGUCAGCUGAAUCGGGGCAUCCAGUCGAAUGGACCGAAGAAACUAAUUACAUGUUCCGACUAAACCGUUACCAGAAGGAUGUUCUGUAUUGGGUCAAAACCAUUGAAGAUCGAGUAGUACCUGUAAAGUUUAGGAAAAUAUUAUUGGAUUUUUUAGAAGAACCUCUCCCAGAUAUAUCUAUUUCUCGUCCAAAAUUACGUGUACCAUGGGGAAUUGAGGUUCCAAAUGAUCCUACUCAAUCUGUGUAUGUUUGGUUGGAUGCAUUGGUAAAUUAUUUAACCGUAGCAGGUUAUCCUGAUCAGUUUGAUCAAGCUUGGCCUCCGACGGUACAGGUGCUGGGAAAAGAUAUUCUCAAAUUCCACGGAAUUUAUUGGCCUGCAUUUUUGCUAGCUGUUGGUCUCGAACCUCCACGACAGCUGUUGGUACAUUCUCAUUGGACAGUGGACAACCAGAAAAUGUCCAAGAGUAAGUUUAACGUAAUCGAUCCUAACGAGAGGGCCAAAUUGUAUACUCACGAAGGUAUCCGGUAUUUUCUGUUAAGGGAAGGUGUGGCACACAGCGACGGAAAUUAUAGUGAUACAAAGAUCAUGCGAAUUCUGAAUGCUGAAUUGGCAGAUUCAUUCGGUAAUCUUCUGUCACGGUGCUGCGGUAAAGCUCUUAAUCCUGACGCCAUUAAUCCUGUUGUUGAUCCCAAUAUAUUGGAUGCCUUGUCCUCAACUGAGAGUACAAUGAAAAUGCUAAAUAUGUUGCACGAGUUGCCGGACAAAUGUCUGGCUCAUUAUCAACAGUACAACUUUUAUCUAGUGGUAGAUUGUGUAGUGCAGCUUCUUCAUGCGACGAAUAGCUUCUUUGAGACUAGUGCACCCUGGAAGCUGAAAGAUCGACAACAGCGACCACAGUUGCAUACCAUUUUGGGGCUAACGAUGGAGGUGUUGCGCCAGGUUGGUAUUAUCCUGCAACCGAUUGUUCCGAACUUGAGCCGGAGAGUGUUAGAUAAGCUUAAUGUAAAAAAUGAUCAAAGACUGUGGAAAGAUUUGCAUGUACAGUUUAACCGGGUCGAGCGACCGUUAGCAAUGAAGGAAGAUACAAUUCUUUUUCGUCGGAUAGUACAUCCUAAAACGGUAGUGUCUGGAGAGGAAACAAAGGCCAACAGAGCAAAAAAGAGAAAUUGAAGAAAUAAAUUUCUUUUUC